AUGUCGGUCACAGAAGUGUCUCGUUUAGUUGAAAACAAAGGAUCGGCUGAGGAACAAAACACAUCAAACCCGUCUGUCACACAAAUUAAAGAAGCGCAAUCAACGAAUAUGUGGAACGUCAUUUUGUGGUAUUUUUUCGAGAUUUCAUAUCACUUUUAUAACUGUCUCACAAACGUUACAAUGAGUCCAACACUUCAGUUGAUGUCUAUAGUCGCGGGACUAGAUAACACUGCUGGUGUCCAAGCUGCAACAAUUUGUAACGCAACAGCAAAUGCAGUGGCAAUGGUAAUUUCCCCAUUUAUCGGUGGGUUAAGUGAUUACUACUCAUUCAGGAAGUCUGCCGUAGUUAUAUGUGCGAUGACUUAUUUCACGUGUUUUUUGAUUGCUGGUAUAUUCUUCGAGAAUUAUUACCUCCUCUGUGUGUUGUUCUGUAUUGCUCGAACGGCAUAUGAAAUAGUCAGACUCUUCUACGACUGCCAAAUUCCAUAUAUAAUGGACCAGAAAACACGAACGUUUGCACAGAGUGUUGGUGGUGCUGUUUCAUUUACUGGCGCUAUCUUGGGUAUUGCAAUUUCGUUCUGCUCUUCUAUGAUAUGGGGCAAUUACUCGAAUGUGAACUUAUUACCAAAAGGACAAAUGCCGGACUUUGGGCCGCUCAGAUUCAUCAUAUUUGCCAACUUCUUCCUUGGGACGUACAUAUUUAUCCCAUAUCUCUUUUCAAGCGAGAAAAAGUCUGUCCAAGCGAAGAGACCUAUUUGGGAGACAAUCAAGUAUAUUGCGAUGGACUUAGUAGAAUCAUUUAAAGUGUAUUUUAAAAACAGAGAUUGUGUCUUCAUGUUCAUCUCGUGGUGUGCGACUUUGUCGUCACUUGCUGUUGUGAAUGGCCUCUUUGUGUUAAUGUUAGUGACUAUGUGUGGGUUGAAGAAGAGUCAGACUGAUAUAGUGUUUUUGAUGGUGAACAUCACUGCACUGUUGACUGGAUUCCCUUGGGCGUUCUUUUUACACAAAUUUGGACCGAAGAGAGCAAUGCAAUUAAUGCUGAUAUUAUUCUUCAUUGGAAUGGCAUUCUUUGUUAUGACAGGGAUGAGGGUGUCAUCGACAUAUGUGCUGUCGAAAUGGUUUGUUAUCCCAACCGUCAUAUUCCUUGGCCCAGCUCUUGGCAUUGUAUAUACUGCGUCGAGACAAUUGGUCAUGGAGUUGUCACCCGUUCAGUCCCUUGCACAGUUCAGUGCUGUCACUAAAAUAGCUGCGAGAGCUGGUGGGAUUGUGAUGCCAAUAGUGUUCUCGACUUUGGUCAAACAACUCAAUAAACACACUUUUAAAGAUAAUGUCUACAAGAACAAUUAUUCAUAUAGAAUCGCCCAAAUUCCAGUCUUCAUUUUACUCAUUAUAGCUUUUGUCUUCUUAACUUUGAUUAAGAAUCACCACAAAGAAUAUGUCAAUGGAAAAAGAGCACCAUACAUUAAGGAAGAAACAGGAAUUGAACUUGGAGUUAAUGCUGAAGAAAACAAUGAAAAGAAGAAUAAUGUGGAGGUGCCGAAAUUUGAGGAAAAGGAGGUGAACGUUGAAGGCAAAACAGAAGAAAAUCAGAAAAAGGAGGACGAGGAACAAGUGGAGGAAAAACCAAACAAAAAUGGCGAACAACUUGCUGAGUAA